AUAUUUCUUGCUAGUGGAUGGUGGCUUAGUACAGGUAUAUAAUUAUGAAGGUCAUAUGCAGUGCUUUUUGAAACUACCCGCUAUGAGUGGAUCAAGAGAAGCGGUUAGUGAAAAGACUGCCGCAAUUUCGAAUGAUACGAUAGCUAUUCGAGAUCGAAUGGAUUUGAAGAUGAAUGAUAUAAUCGAAAUAGCAAUAAGUCAGUGUGGAUCAGCGAAUGAUCGAAAAUUAGCAUUUAUUGAUAAGUAUUUGGAUUGUUUUUUAGUAACUGCAAAAAGUUAUGGUGUUUUACAAAAAAUAGCAAAAAUUGGUACAAUGGUGACAAAUAUUCUUUUUAAUGAUCAAACAAAUAUGCUUGCUGGUUUACAAGAUAACUGUCUUGUUGUAUGGUUAUAUCCAGCUGUUGUUUUUAUCGAUCGUGAUUUACUCCACAAAACAAUAUUCGAGAAUGAUAAGAAUAAUUUUGAAAAAUCAUCAUAUUUACACAACUUUGUCGGCAGUCAUAUUUUAGUGAGGCGUUCUGAUGGCGCAUUUGUACCGUGUACCGUAACACCAUUUGCAUUUGCUUUGAAUUCAUUCAUUACUGCUAACAAAUGGGAUCAAGCAAUUCGUCUUUGUCGGCAUAUUCGAGUAUAUCAUUCACAAAUCUUUACAAAAAUAAAGCUUAAAUCGUUGAAAAUUUAA